CUAAUGGUGUAAAAAAAUUAUACUGUACAACAUAAUAUAAUCCGGAGCAGAAAAUAUAGGUUUGUUUGUGCAGUGAAGAGAGAGAGCAUUCGAGAAGAAAACCCCUAAGGCCCUAAAGAAGAUCAAGGUCGGUCGCUAUGGAAGGUGGUGAGGCAACUCGGGUAAUGGUAGCAGUAAACGAGUCAACAAUAAAGGGAUAUCCACAUGCAUCAAUUAGCAGUAAAGGUGCAUUCGAAUGGACUCUUAACAAGAUCGUUCGUAACAACACUGCUGGUUUCAAACUCCUCUUCAUCCAUGUCCAAGUUCCCGAUGAAGAUGGUUUUGAAGAUAUGGAUAGCAUAUUUGCAUCACCUGACGAUUUCAAGGGCAUGAAGAACAGGGACAAGAUUAGAGGGCUCCAUCUGCUGGAGUACUUUGUUAACCGCUGCCAUGAAAUUGGGGUUCCUUGUGAAGCAUGGACAAAGAAAGGUGAUCCCAAGGAAGUCAUCUGCCACGAAGUCAAACGUGUACAACCAGAUCUUCUUGUGGUUGGCUGCCGUGGUCUUGGUCCUUUUCAGAGGGUUUUCGUGGGAACUGUAAGUGAAUUCUGUGUUAAGCAUGCUGAAUGUCCUGUUGUCACAAUUAAGCGCAGUGCAGCUGAGACUCCUCAGGACCCAAUAGAUGAUUGAUUCUUUUGGUGGAUUUGAUCGCUUAAUGAUCAAAGAUGCAUAUUAGAUGUCUACUUAUGACUCUGGAUAGAUUGUGCGGAUUUUCAUUCUGGUGCUUCUUCAGUGUUGUGAUUGUUGUGUACAUGUGUCUGAGCUUUGACCGCUCCUAGUUACGCUUGUUAUUUUGAUUGUAUAUGUCUCCUUUUUCUUGAUGAA